AAACAAGUGCUAUUGAUCGAGUGUAUCUUCGGUACUAUUUACUAAUAUUUAGCAGCAAGUCAAGCUUCGAGAUCAUCUACUGGUGCCGAUGCAGAUUUUCGACAUUGAUGAAUACUAAUCAUUCGGUCGUGGAAAACCAAGUGAUCUGACAGUGUCUCAACCGUACACCUCGCGGUGCUCGAUAAGUCAAUUCGCUACCUCGUAGUCUCACGCUAAGUAGAUCCUCAAGUCCCGUGACACCACCCAUGAAUCUAUUGCCGGUGACGCUGACACGCAAAGGUGUACGUAUAUCAGUGCUUGCGCCAUUUCUUCAAAGUAAGCGCUUCAUUUUCAACAACAACUUGAACAAUUCCAGGUAAACGAACUCUCUUUCGGCAAGUUAAGCAAAAUGGCGACCGCGGUGCCUGCGCCGAUCCCAGACAGGGAAAACAUGUCACUCGUACAGCGCAUGCGCAUGCUGACUGAGGAGAUGCGCAAGAACAGCGAGAAGAUUGAGAGUUUGCAACAGGAAAUCCAGUUUGCACACCGGGCGCGCGACGUGCUGCUGAAACAAAUUGACUUGGGACAAAAAGUCGCUUCUGCGAUAACAGCGGCGGAGGAGAAGAGCAAGCAAAAUAAUGAGAAUGCAGACGAUCCCUUGCCAGAAGAAGGGAUUGAGCUUGAAGGGGAGGAUGCUGAGGCAAUCAACGAUCUGCAAAAGCAGCUCGCCAACACAGAGCUCGAGUUGGCGACGAUCAACAUCGAGAAGUCGCUGGUCAUGGGCGACACGACGAAUCUCGCAGGCGACGAUGGUGGGAGUUCAUCUUACGGAGGAAAGAAAGAAACAACGUUGCUGCCCAUCGACCGAUGCUUGAAAUCGGAUCGCACAACCUACGCGGUGCCGAUGGACUUUCCCAAUUCCGACGAAAGGCAUUACGUGUUUGAUGGGCCUUUGGUUGUUGCCGAUAAUAGAACUGCAGACGAAGCGAGUUUCCAAGCCUCGUAUCCCGCAGCUGUAACUACCCUUUCCAUGCCACGCAAAUUGACCGGUCCCACAAAUAACCCAAAACCGGGCUCCUUUGCCGCGAAAACUGUCGAGUCCGCAGUGUUUGGCUUCGGCUGCUUCUGGUGUGCCGAGAGCAGAUUCUGGCACUUGCCCGGGGUCGUUAGUACCCAGGCGGGGUACUGCGGAGGGCCAACGGCGUUCCCGACCUAUUCCGAAGUCUGCCGGGGUGUGACGAAUCACGCAGAAGUGGUCCGGGUUCAGUUUCAACCGUCUAAGAUUUCCUACCGCGAGAUCCUGCGCCACUUCUGGAUCGCGCAUGACCCGACCAAGUACUGCCAGCAGGGGAACGAUAGUGGUAGCCAGUACCGCUCGAUAAUUGUGUACUACAACGAGAACCAAAAACAGAUUGCCGAAGAGACGAAGGCUGCGUUUGCGAAAGCGGUGAGAAAACAGUUCCCAGAAAAAUAUCCGGCAUCGAUGGACGAGGAUUCCAUCGUGCGAACGGAGAUUGUGGACGGAGACCAAAACGUCUUCUACCUCGCGGAGAGAAAGCACCAGCAGUACGAGGCAAAGCCCUACGCUCGGGAAUACUGCGGACUGCGUCCGCUCCCCAUUCCACUCGGCUUGCUUCAAGACAUAUGAAUUCCGGACUUUGAACAUCUUCCCGACAGUCGGUGGAAGUGUGCCUAUCAUCUGACUAAUUGGCGAAAAGAAUCGCUUGAUCUCCAUUCCCGAUGAGAAUAGACAUUCCAUAAGAUCCCUGAUUGAACAACAGCACAAAAAAGAACCACGUGUAAAGAUGAAAUAGAUACAUUGCUCUGUCGUUAACGACGCGGACAAAUGAAGGCGGUACAGAGGGAACUCCGCCUGGUUCUGAGGUCACCGCAGUGCCUUGAACGUCAUCCAAAAUGAGAAUGAUCUUGUUCUACAAGUAACAAAAAGUUGUGAACAGAAUAGAUCCAGUUGUCCUACUCCGAGUUUAUCGAGUUCAAACGCAACAUAAACUCGCUUGCCC